CAACGAAGCAUCGCACCAUAGAGGUGGCCUAUCCUGUGGCUAGAGGAGGUCGCUUCCGGUGUGUGUGUGUGGGGGGGGGCUGCUUCCGGUUCCGGGCAUGCGGGUGCGAGUCUGGGAAGCUGCCCGGGCUGCUGCUGCCGCUGGGCCUGGCACGAGGGCGCGGCUGAGCGGCGGCUGGGGCCCCAUGGCGAAGAGCAAGUUCGAGUACGUGCGGGACUUCGAGGCGGACGACACCUGCCUGCCCAACUGCUGGGUGGUCACCCGCCUGGACGGCCGCAACUUCCACCGCUUUGCUGAGCAGCAUGGCUUCGGUAAGCCUAAUGAUGACCGUGCCCUCCAUCUGAUGACUAAAUGUGCCCAGACUGUGAUGCAAGAGCUGGAGGAUAUUGUCAUGGCUUAUGGACAGAGUGAUGAAUACAGCUUUGUUUUUAAAAAGAAAAGUAACUGGUUUAAAAGAAGAGCAAGUAAGUUCAUGACUCACGUCGUCUCCCAGUUUGCCUCCAGUUAUGUUUUCUACUGGAAGGAUUAUUUUAAGGACCAGCCACUCCUGUAUCCACCCGGAUUUGAUGGACGAGUUGUCUUGUAUCCCAGUAACCAGAAUUUAAAGGACUACCUCAGCUGGAGACAAGCAGAUUGCCACAUUAAUAACCUCUAUAAUACAGUGUUUUGGAUGCUUGUGCAGCGAAGUGGCUUGACACCAGUCCAAGCACAAGACAGAUUACAGGGAACUUUGGCUGGAGACAAGAAUGAGAUUUUAUUUUCUGAAUUCAACAUUAACUACAACAAUGAGCCUUUGAUAUAUAGGAAAGGAACUGUACUAAUAUGGCAGAAGGUUAAUGAAGUCAUUACAAAAAGAAUAAAACUGCCAAAGGAAACGGAAGAGAAGGAAGUUGAAGUGACACGGACCAGGACUAAAGCGGUCCCACUGCACUGUGACAUCAUUGGGGACCAGUUCUGGGAGGAUUAUCCAGAAAUCCUAGCAGAUAGCUGACCUUCCCAGUUUGAGUUCUUGUACAAAUAACAGGAAACAACUUACCUGCAUGAGCUUCUGUGGGGUGAGGCUCGGAUAAUUUAACUUUGUAAUUCAGCAUCCACAUUUUGAGCAAUGUUGUCUUAGAAACAGUGUCCUUGCCUGUCAUGCAGAUAUAUCUAUCUGCAGAAACUAAAAUCAUGGUACUUUCAAAGGGAAAGAACUUUUAUAUAAAAUUAACUCUUGUAAAUGCAUAUUUGCGUUGACUUAUAACAACAUCAUCAUGCAUUUAUGUAGGAUCUUUCACAUUAAAGUCACAGGGUGCUUUAUAGAGUUACUCACCUAAAAUGAUCUACUCUUUGGAACUCUUUAAAAGCAGCAGAAAGAUUAUUUCUUUAGGUUUGUUUUAAACUCUGAAACAGACUAAAGUCUUGGAAUAGUGCCUUGAAUCAAGUUCCGUAACCAGGGAGCUUAGUUACAAAAAUUCUCUAGCAGUCGACAUCUGAGGCCUAUAUCGAAGAUACACAAAUUAGCCCAACAAUUUGCUGUAACUAAUUUUUAAGGGUUUUUCUCAUGUGUAAAUUACUUUUCUAUUUUUUUUAAAAGAUGCAGAAAUGUAAUUCUCCCCCUUCCACUCCCAUGUUUAUUCUUCAGACUUUUUUGUCACUGUGGCUUUGCUAGUUAUUAGUGAAGGUCUCAAAUGGCCAAAUGUUGUAAAAAAGUUCUCAUACAGA